AUGUCUCGUGGACGGUAUUUGGAGCAAGAUUUCGACGACAAAUAUCGGGAAAUAACGGAUACGACGGAAGAUAGCGAUAGCGACGUAGAUGAUAUCCGGAACAUAGUGGAGAAAUCGCAAAGUCAAUUGUCACUCGCUGAGAAUUUGUUCUCGAGGUCGAACACCGGCUCGAUGCCAGAAGAUUUCACGGAACUCGAGUGCACGUGUAGAGAAAAUCUGCGGUGUCUGCACACGUUGUUAGAGUCUGUCAGCAAUUCGUUACGAAGUGAAAAAUACGUCAAGCAAAUUCGUGGCAUAUUAGAGAAGUGGGAAUCGUUGACAAGCAGAGUGGAGGAAACGCAAAUGGCCACUGCGCUCCACCGCGAGUUAACCACUCUGCGCACGGAAUUCAAAGCUGCGCACGACAGACUUUUCUCGUACGAGAUCGUAUUGGAGCAGCCACACGUCCUCGACGAGAGAAUUAAUCGAAUCACGGCCGAACUGGCAGCGUUGAGGGAUCGCAAGGCGGCUAUGCUGGCGUUGAACGUCUCGACGCACAGACUGAUCACCGAUCUAGGUAACUCCGCCUCGUUGAUCUUCACCGCGCUCAAGGAUGGUGUGGCGGAUCUGUAUCGCGUCUGGGAUGAAACCUUUCAAAAAGGCAAUCAACAAUUGUGCGCUCUGCAAGCCGUCCAACAGUUCAGUAUACGUUUGUCGGAGCUUCAGUGCGCUUUACGGAGGGAUAAGGACACACUUGCAGUUUUGGACGUGGCCCUACAGGCAGGAGCCACUUCGGAGGUUGCUUCGUCUGUUCGUCACGUCGCAAGGUUGUUGUCCGAGAAACAAGACAUCAGUUGUCAGAACGGGACGGUGGUGUUGAAAGACUCGAGCACGGAGGAAGUGGGCAGCGGGGUGUCGGGGAAAUUCGGCGACUCGUCGCCGAUCAGUCUGACCGAAGGUGGCUCGCUGUCCGACAGCGGGAUCUCCGACAGUGGAAGCGAGCAAGAGUUGAGCGAGCGGGAGAGAAGAUUGGCCGCCCUUCGACGAUUGACCCGCAGCUUGGAGAGUCAGCUGGCGCCCGGAAGCGAGGCCCUGGUCGAGCUGCUGAAACGUGUCGAGGACGCGGAAACGGAACUAAGGGAUCUUCAGAAGCAGUGCAGAGAAUUGAUCGUACGCACAGCCGCCAGUGUCGAGGCGAGAGCUGCCAAGAGGACGAGCGGCAACCAGGUUCAUCAUUUCGUCGACAAGCGCAAGAAGGCCAGCGUCGCGGUGAUGUCGAAGGAGGGUACGGAGCGUGUCGCUGCGAUCGCGGCGAAAAGUGGCGCCACGGACGGCGGGGACCCAGACCACGAUCCGGGGCUUUCCCACAGUUGGAUCUCGCGUAUUCUGAGAGCGGCGCUGCCCUUCCAGCUGGCCCUGGUCGCCCUCUUCUACGCAGCCAGCCUGCUCGAGCCUCAUUGCUGCGAGGCGACCAACACUCUCAACCUCUCGCUCACCCCUCAACUGCGCUACGUAAGGGGCCCACCACCUGUCUGAACGUCGCGACGUCCGAUCGUUUGUUGGAAAAGUUUUUUCACGCGGCGUCCGCGCUCCAUGGGAUCUCUCCACGGAGUACAUCGUUCGAAUCAUCGUAGAAACCCUCAGUCACCGAGCACAGCUUGGCUCCCUUCCCAAAUUACAAGUUGGUCAUUACAUUAUUGCGUUUUCGUCGAUAUGAUGUAUAAUCGAGUUGAUAUGGGUCGUUACAGAGUGUCGUUACGUUUGAGAGAGCGCAGAGUAAGUUUUGGAAAAUUCGCGGUACAAUUCGAGUAUUCGAGUACGCUGUCAACGAGGUUGAGAGAUUCGAAUCGAGAAUUCAUUCGUUGGGAUUGAAUGGUAAAAAUGCGGAUGUGUUCCGGUGUGUUCGAAAAUGGUGAGAUAUUUAUUAGAUAUUUCGAAUAUAUCUUUAAUAUUUGUGUUCAUACUUUUUUUUUUUUUUUUUAAAGUAUGAAACUUAGAUAGCUUCUUUUUUCCAAUUAAGAAUCGUCGAUGGAGUAAAAGAAUCGUUGACACAUUCGAUUCUCGAUCUCACUGCGUUUUUUCUUACAUUUUUACUUUUAUCCUUUUGUACUGCCAUAAUUAUUUCGAGUGUUCAAUUUUCGAGUCAAUUAAUAACACGAAAGCUCAAACUUAGAAGAAGAAAGAAACUAUAAUCUCGUAUAAUUUAUAAAAUAUAAAACAAUGUCAAAUUAGUUUCUUUCAGAGAUGCAACGAAUCGCGCUCGAGCGGGAAAAUCUGAGCUCGUUUGAAAUUGUGAUAUAUAAAUCGAAAAAAAGAAAAAGUAAGUAGAAUAAACGUAUAAUAAUCAGUGACUGAGGUAAUGACGUUAGACAAUGAGUGUUAGGUCAAAAAUGGAAAAAAAGAAAAAAAUGAUAAAUAAGGGAGAAUUUUUUUUAUACGAAUUUUUUAGCAAGAUGAAUUAUUUAAAAAUCGUACGAAUCGUGUAUGAGAACGAGAGGUAAGUAUAGUUUCGUAUACCUGCUCUUAGCCGAAGUGCGAAAUCGAGAAUGAAUGAGAGUUGAAGAGCCACGCAGACGACAAUCUUUGAAUCGUAUUGAAUGUAAAAAGACGAAUCGAAACCUCUUAGCAUAAUUUGCAAAUUCUAGAAGAACGAAGAAAAUUGAUGAAAUAUAAAUAAGCUAUAUAUAUAUAUACAUAUAUAUGAACGAUUAAGAAAGAUAAGGUUGACAGAUAUUUAUAAAAAGAAAAACUUUAUCUUCUAUUUUCAACAGAAUUUGCAACAGAGUCAAUUAUGAUGACGACGAACGAAAUGAAUUUUUAACUCGCAUAAUCGAGUACGAGGUUUUUUAAAAAAAAACUGACCGGUGAGUCGGUGGCGCUUUUUGUUAUAUAGUAUAAAUAUUUAUUUAUAUAUAUAUAUAUGUUGCAAAUUAUAUAUAUAUACCAUAUACAUAUUAUUGUUUGUAAUUUAAUGUCGAUCGAGAAAGAAGGUAUUUUAUAACGUUGUAUGGAGGAUUGAAAAAUGAAGAGGAAGCAACGUUCUUUACAUGAACGCUUCCGUAGGAUGACUGUCAUGCAUGUUAAAUGACAGUAAUAUCAUCGUUUUAUUGUUUUCAACAAUUUUUGUUUUUUUUUUCUUUUUAGUUUGUUUUUAUAUAUAAAGGAUGACUGCUUCUAAGAGAGCAGUUGGUAGCAUUGGCUAAAGAAUGCUACCUGUGGAGAAACUUCCUUUGCUAAAAUUCUCGAAGAUUUAUCUUAAUUAAUAAUUAACACUUGCAUAAUAUAGGGAAGAUAAAGAAGAGAAAAGAGAAUUUCUCUUUAAAGAUUUCAAAGUUUAUCAAUGUCAAACGAGUGUCAACGAAUAAGAUUGAUAUUCGAACUCACGGCACUCAGAAUUAUAGCAAACGAAUUUUCUUCGCGUUAUAUCUUCGGAUUCUCUUUUUGAUCGUUCUAAUAAAAAAGGAAAAAAAAAAAAAGAAGAAGUAGAAGGCCUAAAAUGUUUUCGAUUCCACUCGAAGAAAGUGAAUCGACAAAAAGAGAUCUGAAUUGUUGUAAACACAGGUUUCUGGAAUUCUAAUGAAACUAACUAGAUUAACCAGGUCCUGUGAUAAUUUCAUUAAAAUACCAGCGAUACGCGCAGUUACCAGACGGUACUGGCGUGAAAAAUAUAAAAUUAUCUUGCUUCUUCGAAGAACAUCCCAUAUAUCAAAGAACAAGAUCAUUUUCUUCGAAGUUCCAUAGAACUUGGCGGUUCUAUCCGCAAAUUUUAUCAUCGAUCAUCGAUCGAUACAUCCACGAAAAUUCACAAGGGUAUCGAAUAAUAACAAUGGCAGAGUUUGAUAAAAAAAAAAAAAUUUCCAUAUCCUAUCCACUGAUCGUGGACGGAAGGAAAACACGUUGAAAGGAUUGAAAAGAAUAGAAACACGCCCUUGAAUGAACAUGACUCGCUUCAUAUUGCGAUCAUGCGGUUGAACUUGGAGCAAAAAUGAUGCAUGCUCGAGAAGAUGAAUGGGAAAGAAGAAGUGAAAUUAGUAAGAGACAAUGAUGAUAAAUGAUAAAUGUGUGAUAAGAAGGUGAAUAGUUCUCAAGAUGGAGGAUGACUUUAAGAAAGAAUGUACUGAUAAAUAUAAAUACCGCAAAUGGGACUUUAGGAAUGAUGUUGCUUCUUCAAUUGAGAACGUUGUCUUAUUGGAUUUUUAUUACGAUUUGAAGGUGAUUUACUCGAUUCUAACGAAAUGAUAUGAUUAAGGAAACAGGAAUAGGUGGGUUUUUAUAUUAAUAUAUGCUUCUAAUUAUCGCUU